AUGAUAUCCCGGUUAUCUGCCGCAGGGGGGUCGACUGCUACCCGCGCCCUCUUCGCCACUGUAUUAGCCACACUGGCGGGGUUAACUUCAUCUCAGACCUUUACUUCUUGUAAUCCGCUGUUUGGACAAUGCCCCGCCAACCCCGCCUUAGGCGGCUCCAUGUCCGCAGACUUCACCGGCGGUCCAAACAGCAUGUUUACCCCCAUCCUCUCCACCGACAAGAUCACCUAUACCAACAUCGGCGCUCAAUUCCAAGUCUCAGCAUCCGGCGACUCCCCAACCUUAGCCUCAAACUUCUACAUCAUGUUCGGCCGUGUGAGCGUCACCAUGCGUAGCGCUACAGGUGUAGGAAUCGUCUCUUCCGUUGUCCUCCAAUCCGACGAUCUAGAUGAAAUAGAUUGGGAAUGGUUGGGAGGCGAUAAUGUUGCGGUUCAGAGUAAUUAUUUUGGAAAGGGGAAUACGAAUACUUAUGAUCGGGCGGCGUUUAUAAAUGUCAAUGACCCGCAGGGGACUGAACAUACUUAUACGAUUGAGUGGACGAGUAAGGCUAUUACUUGGAGUAUUGAUGGUGCUGUAAGAAGAGUUUUGACGGCGGAGGCUUCUUCUGGUGGCGGGAUGUAUUAUCCGCAGACCCCCAUGCAGAUUAAAUUGGGAGCGUGGAGUGGUGGUGAUCCAAGUAAUCCCGAGGGAACUAUCAAAUGGGCAGGCGGAUAUACCGACUACUCCCAAGGACCCUUCAACAUGUUCGUCCGCUCCCUCAGUAUCCAAGACUACUCCACCGGCGAAUCCUAUUAUUACUCAGACACCUCAGGUUCCUACCAAUCUAUCCGUUCGAACGGCGGAACCAUCGGCGUUGGCGCUGGCGGGGACCCCGGUGGCAGCGGUACAGAAUACACACCGCCCACAUUAACCAAUAUCCCAAUCAACAACGGAAUCCCGGGUAGUCCAUCGACUGAGACUUUGACGAUAACUAGAACAAGAACGCCUUAUAUUCCUCCCACGAGCGCGGAGGAGUAUUGGGCUGGAACGGGGUAUAGAGUUUCUUCUGCGAGUGAGUAUAAUUCUCCUUCUUCUGUGGAUCCUAAUAUUCCUUACAUUGUAACCGAUUCUCCGGGUCAUAAUAAUAAUGGUGGUGGUGGUAAUGGUAAUGACCCGGGGAAUACGGCACCUGUGUAUAUUGUUACUGCAACCCCGAAUUCAGGAAGUAAGACUAACGGCUUUGGAGGAGGCCGACCCCGGCUCGGGAAUACUGAUCUUUUUGUGAGGUUCUCGGAGUUAUUGUUGAUCCCACCUUAUAUCUUUGCGUUAGGGUGGGGGGUGUUAGGUGCUCUGCUUUUGUAG